AUGCCUCCCCCGGUGACGCCAUCACCGCAUCGAUUCGUGACCAAGAAAGAAGCUACUGUGCGAAAGCCAGCCACAACCGUACCGUUAGCACGAGAGGGCAUCCCACCUAGAAGCACCCCGCAAUUCAAUGUCACACCGCGAUUCCAUUUCUCUUCGACACCCAGGCCGACUGGGACGCAAACUUGUUCAGCUGCUACACCAUCUGCAUCUCGGUAUUUGACUCCUGCGCAUAGAACUCCUAAGGAGCACCGGCAGGGUGUGAUUGAUACUUUAUCCGAUGAUGACCUACACGAUUCCAUUGAACGAGAUACAUCGGAUCAUGAGCUGGAGUAUGGGACUGCCAUUGCUGAUGUAGAUGAUUACCAUGCAAUAGAAGCGCCUAGUGCGAAACGGAGACGCCUAUCGUCCUCUCCAGCAAAGGAAGAAGAGGAACAUAGCUAUGACAAGGCAGAUGUAACCCACGAGGAUUCAUUCUCCUCAUCUGCGCCCUUUCUUCCCUCUCCACCAGCAGGUCUUCGCCGAGCAAUCCCAACUGCAGCAUCCAGAUUUUUGACUCCUGCCCCUCCUUCAACACCCGCGCCUUCCACUGCCAAUCAAAGCACGUUCCGAAAACCACCUCCGUUUCGACCACCAGACCCGUCUGAGCUGGCACAAUCCCAUAGCAACCCGUUACCUGAACAAUUCUCCCCCCAUAGCAAAGGCCGGAAGUACAUCCCUGGGGGGCUGGCAGCUGAGCUUCAGAGCUGGCUUUUCAAUGUUGAGUCCGCAAUUCCUUCUCAUAUAGGCCAAAGGAGUAAAGAGGACCCUUGGCUUGUGAGAAUUGUUGUGGAUGAGGUUAGUGGGAGCGCAAUGGCUGGCAUGACAUUAGUCAGUGGGAGGCGGGUACACGUUGAUGAUAGGAGUAGGAUGGUUGAUCAUCUCGGUGGGGUGAGGGUUGUUCUCGCGGGUGAGGGGCAAGGCACCGGUUUGCAGAGGGGAACGAAGUGCGAGGUAGGGAAGACUGUGGGGAUUAAGGGGCCAGUCUGGGAAGUGAUUCUCGAAGGUGUGAAAUGGGGAGUUGGUGUUGAUUGGAAGGUUUUGCCUGGUUGA